ACGAGCCCGAAACGAAUAAAACACCAGCGUGCGCGGUGCGGGGCGCCGUGCAGCUGCCUGCCCGCAUCCCUCUCUCUCAUCAUUUCUUCCACGAUCCCGUUCCAUCCUCUCUUCUUCUUCUCUCCCUCUCUGCGCGGGCGCUAUCUUUAUCCGUCUCAGCCGGGGCGGGUCAGCACUCAGCAGGUGCGAGAGAAACAGGGGAGAAGGAGAAGGAGAAGCCGUAGGGCCGCCGCCUUCCCUGAUCGACUGCUCCUGCGUGCGGAUUCAGGUGCCGGGUUUUCCAGCCAUGGUUCGGUGAGCCGGGUGGAAUCCUUGCGCUGCCGGAGAAGGAUCAUAUUCGUCUGCGGAGGUCCCUGCGUGCACCGAUCGUCUCCCGAGUUUUCGAGAGCACCCUCCGCUUCUGGAUUCAUUGCUUCGAUCGAUUCAUCAAGCAGGUGCAGAGAGAUCUUCACGAGAAGUGUCAUCAUCAAGAUUGGCAGCCUUCUCCGUGGAUGGCGAACGGUAACAAUGAAGCGAUGGGUAUAUCUCAGCGCAAAUCUUGCCCCAAGGUUCACAGCUCAAUGUGUAGUGAGCUGACAAUGAUGUUGGAUAAGAUCUCUUCUAUUCUUCCGUCAAUAGAGGCUGCUCGACCAGGUUGUAAAGCAGGCAUACAGGAAUUAUGCAACCUAUACAAUAUUGUCGAGAAAGGGAGGCUCAUAAUCCAACACUGCAUUGACUGUAGUAAGCUCUACUUGGCUAUUACUGGAGAGACGAUUGUAGCAAGAUGUGAAAGGAUCAGAGACUCACUGAGGCGGAGUUUGUUCCUUAUUCAGAAUAUGGUUCCACCAGCACUAGCUAAUCAGAUUGCUGACGUCCAUAAUGAUCUUCGGGAUGUCAAAUUUGUUCUUGAUCCGAUGGAAGAAGAGGCUGGCAAAGCCAUUUUACAGAUGCUCCGGCAGUCCGAUGCAAGUGAAGAAUUAGAACUUGAGACAUUCCUGCAUGCUGCUUCAAAGUUGGACCUGACAUCUCCUAAAGCAGUCUUAAUUGAGAGACGAGCAAUCAAAAAACUGCUUGACAAAGUUAGUGGCAAUGAUCGAAAAAAGGAGGGGGUCCUUAAGUUUUUCCUGUACCUCAUCAAGAAGUAUGGAAAGAGCAUCAGUCAGGACUCUGGUGAACGGAACGAGAAUUUACAAUCUGAAAGUCAAUCUUUAACUCUGAGCACACCUUCCUGUGAUGCCAGCGCUCGUGGAAAAUGUUACACACCAACAGACUUUCAGAUUUAUGAGGAUCACAGUAAUAUGUCUGGAUCAGCUACUCCACCUCCAGAGUUCUGCUGCCCAAUAUCAACAAAGCUAAUGCACGAUCCUGUUAUAAUAACAUCUGGACAGACUUAUGAAAGAGAAUAUAUUGAGAGGUGGUUCAAUGAAGGAUAUGAUACUUGUCCUAGGACACAGAUGAAGCUAGAGAACUUCUCCAUGAUCCCAAAUACCUGCAUGAGAGAUCUCAUUUGCAAUUGGUGCAAAGAGCAUGGUUUUACAGUUUCUGAUUUUAUUCCUCCAAGCGAAAAUGCUUACGGUUACUUACCAGAGCAAUUGCAGGGUUACUCUAUGUCAAGUUUGCACAAUGUUUCAGUACCUCUCAUUGCCGGAAAGGCCAACAGUUUUGUGAUUGACCACAGCAAUAUAUCUGUUGCAUUAUCUGAUGCCAGUUAUGUCUCUAAUGCAUCCCACGCUAGGGACAUGGAGGAUUCAAAAGAUAUUUCUCAGUUUUCUUGGAACGCCGACUAUCAAAAGUAUUUGUCGUUCCACAACUUCAACCAGAAGAUGUUUCUGAACUUCUUUCAUGAGCUGUCCAUGCUCCCAUUAGAGCUGCAGGACAAGUCAAUUAAAGAUUUGAAGAACGUUCUUGAUUAUGAAAGUGAGGUUUCAUAUGCUAUGGUAUCAAAUGGAUUUGUUGAAGCAUUCCUUGAAUUCUUGAGAAAUGAUACUGGCAGCUACAGUGUGCAAGCUCAGGAAGCUGGAUUUCGGUUUUUUCUUGCUUUUCUUUCCAAUAGCAGGGCUAAAAUUGAAGCUAUGAAUGAAGAACUAUUUCAUCUGAUCACAUCCUUCCUUGACUCUGAGCUAAAAAUUGAAGCUUUGUUGACGCUGCAUGAGUUGAUUAAGCACUUGAGUUGUCCAAGAUCUCAUGUGAUGGCCUCUGUUGUUAGUCCUCCAUUGUUCAAAAUACUGGCAACUGAAGACACUGAAGACCUUGAAUUGGCUCUGAAGAUCAUCUGCGAGCUUUCAUCUGACGCUGAUAUAAGAUCUUCAUUAGUUUCAAUGGGAAUAAUCUCAAAGCUUGUUCCCAUUUUCACAGAAGGAAACUUUGUUGAGUGCUGUUUGAAGAUUUUGCGGAACUUAAGCGACAUGGAAGAAGCUGUAGUGCGUAUUACGAGAACCGACCGGUGUCUUGCUUCUGUAGCAGAAUAUCUGGACACAGGAAGCCCUACAGAGCGAGAGCAUGCCGUGGUUAUACUUUUAGCAAUAUGUUCGUAUAGUGCCGAGGAUUGUCUACUUGUAAUGAAGGAAGGUGUGAUCCCUGCCCUGGUGGACUUGUCGGUGAACGGAACCGAAGAGGCGAAAAACUGCUCGACGAAGCUACUUCAUCUUCUCCGGGACAUGAGGCGAAGCGACCAGUUCACUAACUCAUGCUCACAAGAAGUGGCUGCCACAGGAACGGUAGAGGAUGCUCCCAACAACUCAGUUCACAAGCAGCCGGUGUCAAAGUCGUCCAGGUUUUUCCAAAGAAAGCUGAACAUCUUCUCAAAACCCCGGUCACUCACGCUGUUCUGAGAACCGGAUUUAAGUUUGUUGGAGUUGGUAGUCCAUUUUAGUGGGAAGCGAGUAGUCCUUGACUCCUUGUACAUGCUACAAAACUAACCACCUUCUCUAUAGAUGGUAGCGCUUGUAUUGUCCCGAAUGAGAUGCUUGAUGAGAUGAUAGUUUUUCAUCCUCAUGUAUUUCAGUAUAGCUUGUUUAGUUGCUAUAGCACUGUUCUUUGUGUUAAAGUCAGUCAGUAGAUACAUCUCUUUUCUCUUUGGCAGAAGGUCUGCCGUUUUGUGUUCUCUUGUUCCCAAGAUACCUUUAAAGCCUGAAUAGAAGCUUGUUUUUUAAAGCCUGAAUAGAAGCUUUGUUUUUCCAA